GUUUAUCUGGUGAUAUACAUUUUGACGACGAUGAAAUCUGGACUAUAAACGGGGAACAAGACACCACAGAUUACACCUGGACAGCUCUACAUGAAAUUGGUCAUGCGUUGGGAUUACGUCAUUCUCGCGAGCAAGACGCUAUUAUGUGGCCAUGGUUUACAGGAUAUAAGGCCGAUACGAGGUUGACGCAGGAUGAUAUUAAUGGGAUUCAGGCUAUUUAUG